AACUGUCGCGCAUUAGCCGGGACGUCCCGUAUUUUGAGCCUAAUUUACUUGUCCCCGUACGGGUGUCCUAACCCGGUUUUUGGACUGCAACGCUGAUUUAUUUAGUGACUGAUAUGUGGCGCCACAAGAACCGAGCGGCAGAUAACAUCAAAAUCGCGCGAGAGCGAUUCGAGAAGUCAUACAACGGAGACUGCUAUCGAAAUGCUCUCGCGGUACUUUGACGUCAUCCAACUGUCAGUUGUUGCAGCGCCAUUACCAGCAACAGCAGUAGUGCUGAUCACGAGACUUGAGAAUGAUCUCCGACACCUUUCAUCCAAUCACAAUCAGUAUACGACCAAGAGAGUCAAAUAAUAAGAUUUUAUGUUUUCUUUUUAUAUUAUUUAGCUGUUUGUGCAUGUAUAAAAUCUGCAUAGUUACAAGUUCGUUCUCGCUGAUCCAGAGACUAAAACGACUACGACUCAAACUGAAAUGCCCCAAGGCAUUUCCAACUCAACUAGGAAAUUCUCGCGCUUAUGAUUUACAGACUGAAAUCCUCUAUUGUUGAGAGUGAAUCACUCACAGAGGAGUGUAGUGUGGACCGGUCGAUCCACAGCCUGCCAUCAGCCUCAGAUUGAGGUGACCGAUGGUGAUGUGGAGAAUCCAGGAGAGAGCGUCUCCCUGGAGCAGUCAUCAGCUUCCCGUGAACUUUUCUGUGGGUCACAGUGGAACCUGAAGAGUCCACAUCCUCAUCUUCUCCAGAAGAAUCAAGGUGUUUCUCAAUGUCAAGGAAGGAUCCUCGAAAGCCAGAAUUUCGAGGAUGCUACGUCAUCGACAUCCGUCGAAAAAUAUCCCAUAUACAGGAAAGGAUGCAUAUGUGUAGCCUUCACGCUCUUCGCACUCUGAAAUCACCCACAAUCCUAUGCGCGCAGUGCCGAAAGCACAUCUUAUUAUUACUGACAUAAUAAUGCAAUAACGUGCACUUGCUAGCCUGUUCCAUUUAUGUGUUCUCCGAAUGCUAAGAGGAGCCUCGCCUUGCCUCUGAAGGAAGUAACUUGGAACGACCAGUCCUAGGAAGUACCCUUGACAUUGAGAAACACCUUCAGUCUACACACCACAGGAUAAUAUCAUGGGGACGGAGACUAGUAGUCUUCACGAGAGGGCGGAGACUUUAGUCUUUGAUUUAGUCCGUGUGUCUGGUUGCGGAUACGUGUCUGCAGGCUUCCGAUUUAAGGUAGGGCUUACCCUGUUUAGGUUUGCCCAAACCUCAUGGUUGGCUAGCUUGCACACUGGCAAGGGACACGAUGGACAGGUGGAUUCUUCGGCUACGAAGAGAAGAGCGGUGGGGUCUGAAGCUGAUUGACAGGUUUAUCGAAAGGUAUGGGUAACUUUUUUUUGUGGGCGAGGUAUCUGUUUGUCCCGUGGGGAAAAAAAUGUGUUGAACAGUUUAAAGUGUAAAGAGCAGUAACUUUAGUUUCUGGACUGGUGAAUGUAAACCAGCGUCUGGAAAAGAUUUAGGGCCAGAUUUACUAAACGGGCCAAAUUAAUGUGAGGGCGCAAUUCCCAAAUAGCGCAGGUGGGAGUGGUAAUAUCUGCGGUUUAUUUACUAAAAAGGCGCAAAUUAAAAAACACAGACGCAGCAGCUGAUUUUCUUAAGGUCCAGCGCAAUCUCUACUAAAAGCAGCGCAAAUUAGUUUAGGGUCGCAAAUAGAAGCUGAUGCUCCUGCAGGUGCGGGUGAUCUGUUAACGCCUGAUGCGCUUGAGUUCAGCACCACGGAAAUCGCAGGUGAAAAUGCGGGGUGUGAAAUCCCAACUAACACGGCAAAGAAAAAAUGAAGUUGUACAAGAAGUUUUAAAACACUGGGUAUUGUGUGACUUCUCCUAGUGACUCCUCUUUUAUUGCCUUCAGCAAAUAAAAAAUAAUGCUUUGCAAACAGUAUUUUUGAAUAAUAUGUUCCUCUGGCCUUCUAAAACUGUUUUAUGUGGAAAAAAAUCUUUGCGCUCUCUGAUCUCUGUGAUUCGCCUCCUAUAUCAGCAACAAUCGCAGCCCUUUCAAGUGCAAAUGGUUUCUUUUUUUGUCUUUAAAUAAUGGCACAAAUACCAGUAAUUUCACACAUGCAAACAACAUGCAAGUAAAUCUUGUUGUGUGAAUCAUUUAAAUACUCUUCCCCAAUAAAUUUUGCAUCUGAAACUUCCAAAAAUGUAUAUGCAAUAAGGUCAAUCACAAAAAUAACUAGCCCAUGCCUUUUCACGCUAAUUGUCCACUGUAAUAAUCCCCACACUCAUUAUUUAAUGCCAAAAUAAUGGUUUGCGCUGGCGCAAGCUGUUAUUAAAUCUGAACUUUAAAAUGCUGCUACAGCAUCUGUCAGAAAUAUAUAUAUAUAUAUAUUUUUUUUUUUGCACAAUUGUAGUAACAGUAGUGAACUAGUACUGUAGAUGUCAUACAAUUCAUACUGAUCUAUCUGUUUAAACACUGAAUGAUAGAUGUAUUUUUUCUUUUUCAGGUUAUAGUAAUGCAGCUGUGCACCACCGGCGAAUAUGCAAAACCCAAAUAAAUGCCAUUAUGUUCAUAAACAUUAUGUGUUUUUAAAUUCUUUGUUAAGUCUGUUCAUUUAAACAGAUAAUCCACAGAGUAAUGUGAGAUCCGACUUGAACACGUGAGGUUUUGGCCGUGGAGCUGAAGCUCUGUGCAUCUAGGUGGAGAUUUCUUUACAUGAACUUAACAGCAGUGUCUUAACCGCAUACUGUACAUCACAAGAUGUCAUCAACGCAUGACAGUGAGUUAUGCAUCACAUAUAUCAGCAUCGGUUACAAAGGAAAAAAGGGCCUUCUUUUGUCCUUCUGCACCUGCCCCAUGCGGAGUGGGUAUUUUCACUAAAGAGAUGAAAGUGGGAAGUGAAACAGUUACUGGUGCAGGACGUCAGUGCCCUGAUAAAUUGAUGAGGGCCUAUUCUCAUCUUGAAAAUGGGUCGACGAUCUUUUUAUAUAGAAAAGAUCGUCCACUUGUUAGCAUUCGACCGGAUGUCCCGGCACCUCCUCAACCCACUGAGCCCUCCAACUCUGUGAGUAGCAGUGUGGAAAGCGAUGCUUGCCCCUCGGAGCCUGCAGUCGCUACCAGUGCUGUUGCUCCACAGGUGGAGGAGGCGCUCAUUGGGCGUGCGGUGCAGACAUCCGAGGAGACAUCAUCUCUGAAGCCGCCAUCAGCUCCUCCAAACACAGCUUUUCCAACUAAGAAUGAUCUCUGGUACACAGUUCCAGAGCUUCAAUUAGGGGAAGAGCGGGAUGUGGAGGUUAGGCCGAAGUGGGCCAGACUGGCAGGAUGCGGGAGUGAAAAUCAGUUUCCCACCGUAUUUGCGAGUCCAUCUGAUUUAGAUCAAGAGGACUUUCCAAUGGAGAACCUCCCCUCACCUGCUCCUGUGUCUGCUCCAGUCCCUGAGGAGCCUCGGGUUGCGGCCCUCCCCUCACCUGCUCCUGUGUCUGCUCCAGUCCCUGAGGAGCCUCAGGUUGCGGCCCUCCCCUCACCUGCUCCUGUGUCUGCUCCAGUCCCUGAGGAGCCUCGGGUUGCGGCCCUCCCCUCACCUGCUCCUGUGUCUGCUCCAGUCCCUGAGGAGCCUCGGGUUGCGGCCCUCCCCUCACCUGCUCCUGUGUCUGCUCCAGUCCCUGAGGAGCCUCGGGUUGCGGCCCUCCCCUCACCUGCUCCUGUGUCUGCUCCAGUCCCUGAGGAGCCUCGGGUUGCGGCCCUCCCCUCACCUGCUCCAGUGUCUGCUCCAGUCCCUGAGGAGCCUCGGGUUGCGGCCCUCCCCUCACCUGCUCCUGUGUCUGCUCCAGUCUCUGAGGAGCCUCGGGUUGCGACAUCCGAGGAGACAUCAUCUCUGAAGCCGCCAUCAGCUCCUCCAAACGCAGCUUUUCCAACUAAGAAUGAUCUCUGGUACACAGUUCCACAGAUUCAAUUAGGGGAAGAGCGGGAUGUGGAGGUUAGGCCGAAGUGGGCCAGACUGGCAGGAUGCGGGAUCCCUGAGGAGCCUCGGGUUGCGACAUCCGAGGAGACAUCAUCUCUGAAGCCGCCAUCAGCUCCUCCAAACGCAGCUUUUCCAGCUACGAAUGAUCUCUGGUACACAGUUCCACAGCUUCAAUUAGGGGAAGAGCGGGAUGUGGAUGUUAGGCCGAAGUGGGCCAGACUGGCAGGAUGCGGGAGUGAAAAUCAGUAA